ACCUCGGCCGAACCCAGUUUCCAAGGUUCCGGUGAUCUCUGCUUUUGCUCCAGCCUCUUCCUCUAGUGGUGAGCUGAUUGUACAAUACAAUACAAACAUCUCCCCGAUCAAACCAUUGCAAAUUCACAAUGCCCAUCUCACACCAAGAGUCGCACCAAAUCGCGGUUCACGCGAGCCUGGGCGACACCCUUGCCCUAGCCACCUGUGUCAGGAAUUUGGCUAUGCGGGAAGGCGUCUCACCCGCUGAGGUCCUAAUGGAAUGCAAAGACGACUUUCAACAGACAGCAGCCCAUGCCGCCGCCAAGGCAGGACAAACCCGCUCCAUAGAGACGCUGGCUGAGCUUCUCGGCAGCACGGCGAACAAAUCCACUUAUUUCAACCUGCAGAACCGCUUCUCAGGCGACCGACCAGUGCAUACCGCCAUGCGACACGGCUUCUUCACCACCUUCAAGGCCCUGGUGGCCAACGGAGCCGACCCGACGGCCAAGAAUCGCUUCGGCGAUUCCGUCACGGACUUUCUAGGGGAUUUUGAGCCAGAAGAAGUGCGGAGCAUUGUCGAUCAGUACAAACGGGGUUCAGCGGACGGAAAAAAUGACCCGAACGGCAAAGUCAGUGUCGCAUGUGUACAGACCAAGAGACAUGGCUGGAUAGUAUUGGUAGCUGACAAGGCCUUGAGACUAGAAUGCCCUAUGAAUGCCGCCUGAUCUGUUGCGGAUAGCAUGGGGGUUGAAUUUCUUUCGCUCGAUUUCAUGGGUUGUAGCAGACUGGACACCGCGGCUUCAACAAGUAUGCCAAAACCAUAAAUAUCAAUCGGCGAG